AUGAAAACGUCCCAACAUUAAUUUAUCAGUUGUGGUUUGAACUCUUGAGAGUAAGCAUGUGGAAUAAACUGGUAUUUUUCGGGGGCCUCGCUCUUGUCUCUGGACUCAACACUGUUAGUCAUGAGCUACCUAAAGCCCCUCAUUCUAGUCCUUCUUAUGCCCCGGGACCCCCUCAUCUUGGAUCUACUUACGCCCCUGCCCCCCAUCAUCUUGGACCAACCUACACCCCCGGAUCCCAGUAUCUAGAACCUUCUUAUGACCCCUCCGGCCCCCUUUCAUCCUAUCCCAGUCACAAAUACAAAGAUGAGUCCCCGCAUAACUAUGAGUUUGGAUAUGCUGUGAAGGAUGAUUAUAUGGGAGAAGAUUUUUCACAUAAAGAAAGCAGGAAUGGAUAUAUGACGGAAGGGGAGUACCGAGUAGCCUUGCCUGAUGGAAGAAUGCAGAUUGUGACCUACUAUGCUGAUGAUGAAGGAUACCAUGCAGAUGUAAAGUACGAAGGUGAACCUCACUAUCCUCAUCCAGAUCAUCCAGAUCAUAAACCACAUCAUGAUCAAGGAUAUCCUCCAAAACCUCUAUACCAUCAGGCCUACUCUGAGCCAGAACACAACCCAGUGUCAGUACACCACCCAACGUCAGUACAACACCCUGAGCCAGUAUACCAUCCCGAGUCAGUACACCACCCUAAGUCUGAACACCACCCAAAUUCAGUACACCAGCUGACCCCUGCCGUGUAUCACCCUGCUGCCCAGCAGCCACCUCCUCAUUCAGUGUAUAAAUCCACAAUCAAGAAAAUAUCUGAUUUACCCUCGCAAACUUUAGAGUCAAGAUCUUUGGAAUCAUCCCCCAGUUCCAAACCUACUUCUAAACCCUCCUCCGUCCCUGAACCAUCAAUAAUUCCUUCUAAACCUACUUCUAAACCCUCCUCCGUCCCUGAACCAUCAAUAAUUCCUUCUAAAAUUGAAGAAACUGACAUGAAAGAAUCUGCUCCACUAUCCGUGUAUAGAUCAUUACCAAUCCGUCCAACUGGGUUUCCUCCAGGUCCUAAAGUAAACCGUCCUAAACAAUCUUACAGUCCUACUCCUACAUAUGCUCCUAAACUUUACACACCAGCUCCUAAUUACUCUCCUAAAAUCUACACACCUACUCCAGUCUAUGCUCCUAAGUCCUAUACACCGACUCCAAAUUACGCACACAAACUAUACACCCCUGCUCCAACCUAUCAUCCUAAAUCUUACACCCCAGCUCCCAUCUAUAAAUCCAAAUCCUAUUCUCCGGCUCCAUACGGAUACACACUAAAACCCUACCAGUCUGAAUCCUACUCCACCACCCCAACUCCAGCGUAUAAAUCCCAACCUACUCCCUCCUACUACAAGUCCAGGAUAGUAGUAAAGGGAAGGUCUGAUGAAGGUCCAACCCCACUUCCCAAGAAUCCUGGAAAAUACAAACCAUCUCCUUCCAUCAAACUUGAAUCAGAGGAUACCAUUGUUCCUAACCUAAUUAACUACUAAGCUAUAACUAAACUAAUAGAUCUGCUCUGCACACAAAGAGAAAGCUGUUAGCUUACAAAAGUCCAAAAUUAAUGAUUUUAAGGAAACUCAAAAUUAAACUUUGCAAUCCUAUAUCUUUGCAACCUGAUGGUGUAACAGCAAAUCUCUGAUACCCCAUUUAUAAUGAGGCAAGUAAUUAGUUCUUAAAAGUUUCAAGCCUUUUGAGAAAUAUUCUUUUUAGUUCUACGGCACCCAAAAACAGCUCAAACUAAGAUAGUACAUCUAACAGGGCAAACCAGUUUGUAACCUCCUAUCCUGUUUUGUUGAUAAUUUUUGCCUAAUUUAUUAGUUUUGGACUAAAAAGCUUUAUACAUAAAUUAUGAAACUAUAAUGAACAAUGUCCAAUUUACUUAUUUCAAGAGUUGGAAAAUUGUUUAGGAAUGUAUAAGUACAAAUGUAACUAGUCACAUGUAAUUUUGAAAAUUCUACCAUAACAAACCUUUGCCAUACCAUACCAAACCUUUACCAAACCCAUACCAAACCCUUACCAAACCUUUACCAAACCUUUAACAAACCCAUACCAAACCUUUACCAAACCCUUACCAAAUCCAUACCAAACCAAUACCGAACCAAAACCAUACCAAACCAAAACCAUACCAAACCAAUACUAAACCAAUACCAAACCAACCAAACCAUACCAAACCUAUCACAAACCACUACCAAACCAAUACCAAACCAAAACCAAACCAAUACCAACCAAUACCAAACGAAACAUGUAAAUCCAUAAAAUACAUAAUUUUCCUCCAAACCCUGCUUUUCUUAUUCAUAAAAUUCGUCAACUAUUAAUAUUUGCGAGAAAAUCCACCCUUUAAUUUCAGAUUCAACCUUUUACUACAGAGUGGUUUAGGUGCCAAACCUAAACUCUGUUAUUUGUUAAUUUGUUUGCAAUUAUUACAGUUAAAUCCGUUUAAAAAAUAUCAUUAAAUAUCAAUUUAUCAAAUAUUUAAAGCUUGUUAAAUCACUGUAGUCAAUCACGACAUUAUUUUAUCUAAAUUUGUU